AUGACGCUGAAACAAAUCGUCGCACAAAAAGUCUUGAAUGAUGUGAUACGACCGCUGAAGAAGAAAGCCGGAUGGAAUGUUCUUGUGUUGGAUCGUCUCGCAAUGCGGAUGCUAUCAGCCUCGUGCAAGAUGCACGAUAUGCUCAGCGAGGGAAUCACCAUUGUCGAGGAUUUGAUGAAGAAUCGUGAGCCAUUGCCGACCCUUGACGCUAUCUACUUGUUGGCCCCUACACAAGAAUCGGUGAAUCGUGUGAUCGGAGAUUUCACGGUGAGGAAUCAAUACAAAUGUGCCCACGUCUUCUUCACCGAGGCUUGCCCCGAUCAACUUUUCUCGACGCUCUCCAAGUCGGCCGCAUCACGAUUUAUCAAAACUUUAAAGGAGAUCAACAUUGCUUUUACACCAUAUGAAUCACAAGUCUACACUCUUGAUUCGCCUGACACAUUUCCGCUCUACUUUAAUGCGCAAAAACAAGGAGGACUUACUUCGAAUCUCGAGAGAAUAGCCGAACAAAUUGCUACCGUUUGUGCCACACUUGGGGAAUAUCCAUCAAUCAGAUAUCGAGCCGAUUUUGAACGAAAUGUGGAGUUAGCGCAUCUCGUCGAACAAAAACUUGACGCGUACAAGGCUGAUGAUCCGACGAUGGGCGAUGGAAACGAAAAGGCCAGAUCACAGCUCAUUAUCAUAGAUCGUGGCUUUGAUGCGGUAUCUCCUUGUCUACACGAGCUCACUCUUCAAGCAAUGACCUACGAUCUACUUGGAAUCGAGAACGAUGUCUACAAGUAUGAGACUGGUGGAAACGAAAGUGUUGACAAAGAGGUUCUACUUGAUGAGAAUGACGAUCUUUGGGUGGACAAUCGACACAAGCACAUCGCCGUCGUUUCGCAAGAAGUGUCUAAUGGACUUAAGAAAUUCUCCGACUCAAAGAUGGGAAUUACGGACUCGAAAAGCAUCAAGGAUUUGUCGAUGAUGAUCAAGAAAAUGCCGCAAUACCAAAAGGAACUCAACAAAUUCAGCACACAUUUCCAUCUGGCUGAAGAAAACAUGAAGUACUACAAGAAUGGUGUUGACAAACUUUGCAAAGUGGAACAGGACCUUGCAAUGGGCGCUGAUGCGGAUGGUGAACGCGUGAAAGAUCCGAUGAAAUUGAUGGUGCCCGUUCUGAUCGACCCAGCUGUACGCCUUGAAGAUCGACUUCGCAUAAUUCUGCUCUACAUCCUCAGCAUUAAAGGAAUCAGCGAAGAAAAUCUCAACAAACUCCUCCAACACGCAAACGUCUCGAUGGCCGAGAAGGAAACUUUGACUAACGCCGCUUAUUUGGGCCUAAAUAUGAUUAUUGAUCAAGGCCGAAAAAAGGUUUGGGUUCCAACUCGACGCGAAAGACCAAAUGAGCAAAUUUAUCAAAGCAGCAGAUGGGUUCCAAUUGUUAAGGACAUCGUUGAAGAUGCGAUUGACGACAAAUUGGAUCUGAAGCAUUUCCCCUUCUUGGCUGGUAGACAAGUCAACACUGCGUAUCGCGCUCCCACCUCGGCUCGUUAUGGUCAAUGGCACAAGGAACGCGGACAAGGGAAUACGCAAAGAUCCGGGCCCCGUGUGAUUGUGUUCAUCAUUGGUGGCCUCACUUAUUCGGAGAUGCGUGCUGCUUAUGAGGUGACACGUGAGAAGAAACCGUGGGAAGUUAUCAUUGGCUCUGAUCAAAUCAUUACUCCCGAUCGCUUCCUCACUAACCUGAAAGAGCUGAAGACAAAAGAU